CGGUUUGUGGCAGGCGUUUGAGUUCUUCGCUUUCGUUUACUGCAUUCAAGUAAAAGUAUUUAGUCUUUCCACUGGACAAGACACAAUAGUGACUGACUGGGAAGCUUCAUUUGCUUCCAGCAAUGUCAAGUUGCUCAACUAUCUACUUAAACUUACCGCAAUGGGACGUGGGCUCACGGAAAAUUCGCUUUAUUUACUUGGUGGACCUGACAUCGUUCAGGCUAACAGAGUGUCCCCAAAAGGGUCCAGUGAUUCCUUUGUAUUUAGGAGCUGAUGUCUUCUCCAGUACUGAUAUCCGCACAGAGAACCAUCCCAGAUACCACGCCAAGUUUGCCAAGAAAGGACUGGCUACAAAAGUACAGUUUUCCUCAGCCUUCAGGUUUCAUGGGCUGAAGGUACCUACUGCAAAUAACAGCCUCUGGUUCUACAGCGUUCAAGGACUUUUUCGAGUAGCCUUUGAAAUGUACAGUAAGCCAGAGCAGCUUGCUGUGCUGGAGAACUUCCAGGAUGUUUGGAAAUCACAGAUAAAUGACAGCCCUCUGAAUGCCAGUUACAGCCUCAGUGUGCAGCUCGACUUUGCAGUAUCCAGCAGCGUGCGUGAUAUAGAUUCAAGAAAUGAAAUGUCACAACCUCAGCUUUGUCAGGUUGGCAGGGAAUUGGUGGAUGAAUGUGGCACUGACACAGGUGACACAUCAGCAGAUCAUGAUUAUUGUUCUUUUCCUAGCCAGAGCUUGCAAACUGAGCGAAGCCAAGCAGUUUUAUCCACAGUGAGACAAAAAUUGCACAGCUUGGAUGACAGACUCUGCUCAGAGAGUCAGAGCCACACAGAACAACUGGAAACUGUCUUGCUGCUAUUGGAGAACAUUGAUCAGUACACAAAUGGAACUCUAGAAGAAAAGGAUGUGACGCAAACUGUGUUAACCCUCCUAAAGGCCAAGGACUGGGGCUCUGUGUAUUCAAGUUACCUGCUUAGCUGUAUAGGACAAUGGCUGGGCCAGCAGUUUCAUGCAGCCAACAGUAGCAUUAGUCAAAAAGUGGAGGGCUUUAAAGUUCAGCAUAUUGAGCGAAUAAGUGACCUGCCGCCUGCUGAGGAACUAGCCACAGAACUAUUCCCAGAUGCCAUGCAAACACUGCUGCUUCACUGGAUGGGCUUAAGUGGGGAGUCCAACCUGGAGAAGAGACACAGUGAAUACCCAAUCCUGCUCCUUAUCCUCGAGUUUGCAAACCACAACCUCAUCACUGGUGUGGCUCAUGUGCUGUACUCCAGUCUAAUAUGUAAAUGAGACUGGAUUUCCACAUGGGCAUCAUCAGAAAGACCUGCAAUUUAGCUCAACAACUCCCAGUAUUAAAAUAAAUGUCUAUUUUUUAUGCUAAGUUAUACUUUCUUCUUUUGGACAGUCUCUUUUCUGCUGCACACAGUGUCAGUCAGGUUUGGUAACAACUAGGGCUAUGUAACAAUUCAAUAUUGUUUUUCAGCUUUCAAUGAAAAUAUAUUUUGAUAUUAAAAUUUUAUAUAGUUUAACAAAUG